CCACUUUUGCCGCCGUCAAGAUUUCAAAUAAGCAAAGGUUGUCUUUUUCCUCUCCAUCAACGGCUAUCUCAUCCACAGUAGCCGGAGAAUAAAAAGCAGAGACAAUCCUAAAGACCCAAAAAGCUCAAAUGUCCGAGUAGAACCCUAAUAAAUUCUCCGAGAUUCUUUCCCAAUUAAUAAACUUCCAGAUUCGGAAAAAAAUCAAUCCUUUUCCAAAAAAAACACAUCAAAAAUGGAUCUUUCUACACCUCCUAGAUCCUCCUCCCGUCUCGCUCGGAGAAUCAACACCACCACUCUCGUCAAAACCAACGGAGACUCACCAAUCCCCUCUCUCGAUUUAGUCCUAUCCUCUCCCAAGAGCAUCGACACUCCUCCUUACCCGUCUCCCGCUUCACUAUACUCACCGUCUUCCCCUGUUACGCUCCGAGAGAUUCUCCUCUUGUCUCCUUCUCCUCUCCGGAAAUCGAGAACCCGUUUAGCGAAUCGGUUCGAGAUGGAGGCCGCGGAGGCUGCGAGGCGGUGCAAGACGAAGGGAGGGCAGAACGGUCUUUUGGGUAGUGCGUCGCCGAGGAGUUGUCGGAGAUCGAGACGGAGGUCGGAGGUGGUGGUGGUGGAGGAGGAGACGAAGCCUGUUGUUGUUGUGUUGAAUGAUGAGAAGGCUGCGAAACAGAGGAAGCAUAAGAAGACGGGUCGGUCUAAGAAGGAGAAACAGAGUUCGUUGCCUUCUCCUUGUCCUUCUUCAGAUCUGAAUGUAUGUGAAGGUGAUUUGGAGAGGAUUAGAGAGAAUAUCAACGAUUUGAUCAUGUGGAGAGAUGUUGCGAAGUCGAGUCUUUGGUUUGGUUUUGGGUGUUUGUGUUUCUUAUCUUCUUGCUUUGCUAAAGGGUUUAGCUUUAGUGUUUUCUCAGCGGUUUCUCAUGUUGGACUUCUGUAUCUUGGUGUAUCGUUUUUGUCACACUCUCUUCGCCAAAGGCUAACUGAAGAAACAGAGCAGAGAGAGGUUAAAGUGAGUGAAGAGGAUGUGUUACGAGUAGCUAGAAGAAUGCUUCCCAUCACCAAUUUGGCCAUUUCAAAGAUGAGCCAGCUUUUCUCUGGCGAACCUGCAAUGACACUCAAAGUGGCACCCUUUGUUCUAAUAGGAGCGGAGUAUGGUUACCUCAUAACAUUGUGGAGGCUAUUUGCUUUAGGUUUCUUCCUCAGCUUCACCCUCCCAAAACUAUACUCAUGUUAUGCUAACCAGAUUAACCAAAAAGUUGAAAAUGCACAAAAGAGAAUAGUUGAAGCGUGGGGAAUAUGCACACACAAGAAGUUCGUGGCAGGCUCUAUGAUCACUGCCUUCUGGAACCUGACUAGUCUCAAGAUCCGUUUCUUCACAGUGUUCAUCAUAGUGGUAGUCAUCAGAUACAAAAGGCAGAAUGUACAGUUAGAUUCCGAAGAAGAUCAUGAGGAGAAGCAACAAGAAGAACAAACUCACACGGAGCAACCGGAGGAGAAGUCAGCAUCGCCGCCACCGUCUCCACCUCAGCCAAUAGAAGAAGAGCAAGCAUUAGUAGUGGUGGCUGCAGAAACCGAAGCACCACCAAAGUAGCUUUGAAAGUCUCUUAUUGAAACUUGCUUUAACAUUGAAUGUAUUGAAUAAAAAAUAGUUGUUUGUUUA